AUUUAAAUGUCACACGUCAUUGUCAAGUGUCAGUCGUCUGCCAAUCGCAGUUGAAAAAAUAUAUUGUGUGAGAUUGAAGUGAAAAGUUUUAAAAGCAUUUAUAAAGUAAUAAUUAUUUAAAAAUGCCUCGACGUGGACGAUCAGCAAGUCCGCCUCCAGCUCCUCAGCGAAGGGCUGCUCCUCCACCGCAACGGAGCAGCGUACCAGCCCAUGCUCCUCCGUCAGCUCCAGCCAUGGCUACUGCCCAGCCUCAGCAGCCUUCUAUGUUUGGGCAAAUGGCAGCAACCGCCGGUGGAGUUGCCGUAGGAUCAGCUGUGGGCCAUGUUGCUGGUAGUGCUUUAACUGGCUUGUUCAGUGGAGGCAGCAGCAGCGAGCCUGCGCAGCAGCCCGCGCAGCCGGCCCAGGCCUCUCCUAACCAAUACCAAAACCAGCAACCUCAGGGACCUUGCGCCUGGGAAAUCAAGCAGUUCAUUGAGUGCGCCCAACAACAGCACGACCUUACCCUGUGCGAAGGUUUUAACGAGGCUCUUAGUCGUUCCCGCUACUCGCGCGCGGACCAGCAUGCGCCGGCGCACCCUCCUCACAUCAUCGUGACUCCGAUGCCGCGCCGCUCCAUGUUCAGAGACGCGGCUGCGGUGGCGGGGGGAGUCACUGUUGGCACUACUAUGGGCCACCUAGCAGGAGAAGCGAUAGCAAGUAUGUUUACUGGUCGACGCCGGGAAGAAGUAAUGCACUCACUACCGCAAAAUUACCAGCUGGGAACAGAGCCUAGCGGACCUUGCGCGUACGAAAUAGCGCAGUUCCUGCAGUGCGCCACAAACCACGAAAACUUGCAGGAGUGCGAAGCAUUUAGCGAAGCGCUAAAAGAAUGCAAACGACGAUAUCGUCUGCCAUAACCACCUCUAUACCUCGAACCACCCAAAAUGAAAUACAGCAGUUUUGCCGGUACACAAAUAAAUAAAUUCAAAACA